UCGCUGCGUUGUGCCGCCAUCUAACACAGCGUGACGAGUUCAUGGUCGAUCGAGCGGUCGUACGGUGGCUCUUAACGCGAGCGAUUGGGAACGGUUGUUGAAUAGCGUCGUCGGGAUAUUACGUUCUCAUCGAGAACGCGAUAUUUCAUGUGUCACCGAGACUGCCGACAGACAAGAGGCGUUUAACCGCAUCCACGGAAUAGCACAGCGAAAUCGAGUAUGAGACGCAAGAGCGAAAGAAAUAAAGCUAAGGGAUCUCCAGAGAAGAAAGUUGAAAAACCAACGAGGAAAUCGACACGUAGGCGAAGCAGGAGAUCACCCUCUACUUCAUCUGAGCAAGAUGUUAUGGCUGAGGAGACAACUAAGAAUGUCACUCAAGUUGAGGAGACCGAUAAAGAGAUAAGUGUUGAGAUACGUCUGCAGAACGAGGAACUGGAGCAUCCACUGCAAGGAAACGAGGAAACGGUUACUUCCAGUGAGAGAAACGUGAAGGCUGAUUCGCCGGAAGAUGAGACGGAUCACAGCGGUUCCGUGUGGAAAGUAGCCAGGGCGGACGCGUCGCCCGGCGAGAUACAGAAGUUAAAAUUAUGCAGGCAGCGCAACACGUCCGACAUUACAUCAGACGCAACAUCAUCGAGUAGGAAAAGCAAGUCAAGCAAGUGGCAAGAAAGUGGUGAGGGCGUUGCAGAGGAGGUUGACUCGGCAGACGAGCAACUGGUUUCUUGUACAAGAAUGCUCAGUAGCGCUGAACAGCCGAACGAUCCCUCCUCUUCAUACCCAGGUCAGGACUCCAACGAAGAGGUAAGUGAUAGCAAGGAGAUCCUGCCUGAAACCACUUCAGCCAACUUGUUGUCUGACGAUAAACCAAACAUAGAUCAGCAUGGUGAAUCAAAUGAGGCAAAUUGCGCUGCCCAAAUCGCUGAUAGCGAGCCCAGUAAGCCGAGUAGCACAACUGCGCCGGCUCCUAGUACAAACGGUGAUUAUCCGUGCGAGGAGACCACCGCCGCCGUCGUUGCCGAUGCUACCACAACUGCUACAUCAACAACUACUGCUACCACUACCACUACUACCACCACCGCUACUAUUGUCGAGGGCAUCGACACUGUUAUACCGAAGGAAGAGAAGUCUGCGGAAGAUGCCAACGAAACGCCAACGGAAGCAACAUUCAGCAAAGAGACGAACGUGGAGAAUGCUCGUAGAGAUACGAGCAGCGAGGAUGAGGAAGAUGACAAAGAAGUGAAAGAACGUCGUCCCGUGGAUACGUCGUCCGACUCGAACGAUGAGUCGCGCGCUAAGAACAGCGAGCGGUCGCCGCCGCGCGCCCCGAUUCGUCGGAAACACCGAAACAAGUACGGGGACUCAUCCAAUUCCGAUACAGCCGACUCCGAGGACGAGCCGGUUGACAGAAAGGUCUCCGAGUCUUACGUCGGGGAGGAGGAGGAGGAAGAGGAGAAACCGAGCACGGAAUAUUCACGGGAGAAUAAGGAACGAUCGUUGUCGCCGAAGAAAGCGAGUUCGCACUCGAACAAUGUAAUGGAGACGAUAGAAGUCGAGCACUGCGAGGCUGUUCAACAGAAGCCCGAGGACACGAGUGAGAAACCAGAGCCAACUGUGUCGCCCGGUGUUCAGGCGAUCACUCAAAAACCUGUCAAGGUCAACUUGAAGAGAUCGUUCUCGGCAAGAUUAGCGCCCGAGAAGAGCGAAGUGAAAAGAGACGAUGCCGAUGGGAGCGUUAACAAUGAGUCUUGCAGUCAAAAUAAGGAAAUUCAUAACGGCAACGAACAGGAACCGAAAUCUGUGCCCAGAAAACGUCGAUGGGGGAUUGUGCUUUCCACAGAUACCACCCCUUCAUUCAGUAUAUCGACUGAUUCGCUCAAGGCCUUGGUGCCGGGUGCAAAGCCGUUAUCUAUCAACGAAGUCCGUCUGUCGAAAGACGACGACGAGGACAGAGAUCGUUACAAAAGUAACGACAAACGGCACAAUUCCAACGACAGUACAAACGACAACAAGAUAACGGACGAAAGUCUGCAGAAGAACGGCACUGCAAAGAAAGGCAAUGCUAAAAUGGACAAUCAUAUCGCAAUGAGGCGAAAGAUAUCGAUCGUAAAGGAAAUGCCACACGUGAAGUCGCCAAGCCCGCCAGCGUCCAAACCAACUAAUUUUCUUUUAAUCAAGAAUCUAGUUCGCCCUUUCACGUUGAAUCAAAUCAAGGAGCUUCUCUCGCGUACGGGCACUAUCGUGGAGAACGGAUUCUGGAUGGAUCGAAUCAAGUCUAAGUGCAUUGUCGAGUAUUCCAACGAGGACCAGGCUUUCGAGACGAGGCAGGCGCUUCACGGGAUCUCCUGGCCUAUGUCGAAUCCGAAGAAACUUCACGUGGAAUACGCCACGAAGGAGGACAUGGAGACCGCCCGGGAAUCGUCCAAGGACCAGCCGGCCGCACGCAAAACUGAGCCACUCUCGUCAUCCGACCCGUGGCAGCAGGAUUGGGGUCGCGAGGAGAAAACUAAUGCGACUAAGGUGACGGUGGUUAGGGAGUGGGAUUUGGGCAAAGAAGAUGGCCAACAACACCUCAGGGAGAAAGAACGCGAGAAGAAGGAGCACGACAGGAAGCGGCGACAGAGAAGUCGAAGCCCUGCAUUAGAGGCGCAUCUACCGGCGCCAGCUCGUAAAUUCAAGAAGAAGGAGGACGAUCCGCCACCAGCGAAACUGCUAGACGAUCUCUUUAGAAAGACGAAAGCUACGCCUUGCAUAUAUUGGCUGCCGCUUACAAAUGAACAGAUAGUCGUGAAGGAAGAGAUGCGGAGACAACAUAUGGCGGAACACGCGCGCAGACUGGAAGAGAUGAGACGCGCCGACAGAAACAGAGACGGCCGGCGUCGACGUAGUCCUAGGAAAUAGACGAAACACAACGUAUCUUUCCUCCUUUGACCUGACUUAAAUUGAACUCAGCUUAAACUGGCUCACCUAUCUCCUCUUCCCUGUUCCUCUUCAAACGCACUGGAUUUUAUUUUUCGUUAUAUAUUGUUUAUAAUAGUUUUAUUGUUUCAGUUGCAAUCAAGAUCAUAUAUUAGCAUAUUAAUAUUGAUCAUGUCAUGAUUUUCUUUUGUGAUAAAAAAUGGACUGAUCAAUUCUAAAUUUUUGCAUAUGUUUCGCGAUUAUUUAAUUGCGUUAUUUACUUUUUUCUUUAUUUUUUUUUAAAUCUCAACUUAUUUGAUUUUUUAGGUUGCUUACCAAUGGUGUAUCAUUCGACCGCUCAGUGCAUGAUCACCGACAAAAUCCCUGUGACUCCUCGAAUCCCUCCUCAUGCAUCAGAAUUAAACCUUACUUCUUACAGGUCAACAUUUAUCUAUCCCACAGAGCGUCAGUAACCGUAGAUCAGGCACGGUAGUGGUACUGUGUGUUUGCGUCGGCCGUGCAGCAGACUAUACAGUUUUACGUCAUGUGAGAGACACACAUGUGCUCGCGGCAACCCGCACGAAACGACGUGGGAACCUCUUUGAGGAAAUAGACAAAAACGUAUUGAUUUGGCUCAUGGAAUAGACUUGGUAUUCCUGACUGUCAAGUAACGUUCGUUCCUCCGCUCUUCUUUCUGGCUUUAUUUUUCUUUAUGAUGAAUUGGACUCCUGGCGCGAACACGCUCGGAUCAAUGCGCCAUCGUGUGGAUGGAAACACGUCAUCGUCGUCCGGAACAUAGAAGAGCAUCAUUUCGAACGUCGACGGACAAGAGAAAGAAACUUGCGUCUACACAUUAGAUAUUCUUCGUAGUCUACUUCAACUUCCUCUGAGAGUAUGAUGGCUUUGGCAACCUCGGUACCAGCUACAUUGAAGCGUCGUCAGUGUUAUAAUCGUGCGAUAGACUAGCACAAGGCGAGGACAUGUAUGUAAAUAUAAGCGAUAUUCCACGGUGUGACAUGUAAAAUUAUUAAUAAAUAUUAAACGAAAGAACAAUUUGUUAGGAUACACGAAAGUAUACAUACAUUUAUCGCUUACUUUUUACGAUACACUGAAUUGAAGAAUUUACUAUUCACGUGUAGAUGGAAAAUUAAAAGCAUGGAUAACAUACAAAUAUAUGUUUAUGCUUAAAACAAAAACUG